AUGGCCAGCCAGUCCUCUGGCGACGUCGAGAUACUAGUCCACGUCGCCGCGCCCAGUAGGGUCUCCGACGAUGCCACCUACCGCCGCCUCGCCCAGGCCUACUUGUCCUUUGCGCCGGACCACCGCGCACGCGUCAGCAGCAUUCCCUGCUCGCCAGAGGUCGAGCCCCAGCCCCAGCCCCAGCCCCAGCCGUCUUUUCGGCAGAGCCAGCCCGACGAGGCCGGCUCCAUUGUGCUGCGGUCGUUUUGCCCCGACGAGCAGGACAUGAGCUUUGCGGGAGCGUUGGACAAUAGGCACUCGCCACGCAUCAUCAUCACGGGAAAGGCGCGGCCGACUACGCCGCCGAGGGUCGCACUGCCAGAUGAUAAUGUCACGACCACAACGGUGCCCCAGCUGCUGCCGAGCCAGGUUGCCGACUCGUACCCCAUGCCGGACUGCGACUUGUUUAAUGUUACCCCCACGCGGGUUCUGCAGCGGUACAUGGGCGGCAGUCGGCAGCCUGACUUGGCUCCCGCGAUGCAGGCGCCAAUGUCGUCGCCUACGCUGUCGAGCGACGGCGACGGGGCGGAGAAGAAUAUACAGACAGAGGUGCAGGCCACAGCUGUCAACACAUCUUUGAUUUCUGCGUCGGACCCGAAUAGCUCUCAAGAGAACAGGAAGCAGCGCCAGGCCACGAUCCCCGUCACGCCUCUCGUGGAAGGGGCCUCUCGAAAGCGCAAAGCUGAUGGCAGUGAAGACGUCCACGACACAUCAGCGCUAGACGUCACGCACAUAUCCAGUAGCGAUAUCUCCUCCGCUUCGUACCUCCGGCGCGCCGAGUCUGCUCCCUUGCCAUCCAAACGCCUUCGCCCACUCGCCUCAGACUCUGCCGCCACCACCGUCCGUCUCGCCCGCCACGCCAGCGAAACCACCCAUCACCAACCUCAUCCCCAUCACGGCACACCGCCACCACCACCACCACCGCCGCCGCCGCCUCCCUCGUGUUCCCUCCCCCUCUCCUACGACGCCCUCUCGCAGAUCCCCUCCACCUGUCCCUCCUCCUCGCUCUCCGCGCGCCCGCCCUCGCCCCCCAUCGGCAUCGACCGCCUCGACCUCUCCAGCCUCGUCUCCGCCAAGCUCGCCAAGCUCGCCCGCGACCUCUCGUCACGGUACCGCCCGCUUCUUCGCCGCAGCGCCGCCCUCGACCCGCUCGAGCGUGGCCAUUGGCGCGUCGACUGUCGCCGCUGGACACCCACCCUGCGCGCCGACGCCUGGGCCUUUCUCACAUCUUAUAUUCGCAGCGGCCUCGCCGGCUGGGGCGUCUGGUGCCGCCGCGACCCCGACGGCUGUACGCUCAAGCUCUACGGGUGGGCGCACGUCGCCAAGCACACCUACCUCUUGCUGUACCUGGCCAGCGGACGCCAGAUCAAGACGACGGGUGCGCAGUGGUUCGAUGCCGAGGGCAAGGUCGCCAUCGAGAUUGUGCCCUAG